AUGGCUACUCGACGCGCGCACGCGCGUCCGCAGCGCCCGAACGUUCAUUCAACACCCCCAUCUCAGCGGCUGCUCAGCUCACAUACCUUCACCCUCAUAGCCAGCUGGCGUGGACAGCUCCUCAUCUGCACCGUCGUGCUCGUUGUUGGCGCUAUCUACUUUGUGGUACGCGAACCAAUACGCCAGUGGCGCCGUCGCCAGAGGGAACGCAUCAGCCGCGCAUUCACCGACGAGCUAUUGGCCGUUGAGCAAUCACAGUCAACGACGUCGAUGGAAGAUAAGGACCGAGCGGGUCCUAGCACAGGAACGUCGACUGCACUGCUCAAGUCACAGACAGCGCGCGAACGAGGUCGUGAAAAGCGGAAAGAGAAGAAGCGACUCUUGGCGGCAGAGACACCUUCCCCCGGACCCAGCAACAGCGUCGACUCUUUUGACUCGUCGCCUUCACUGCAGCCUGUCACUUGCACACCUUCCCACCCGCUGGAGCGAGUACCUUCAAAGCUCCAAGAUGAGGCUCCAUCGUCGACUGUGGAUGCGAACCCUGCGCCCACAGAACGUACGUCCGUGCCCACUGUCAACCUCGAAUCAGCCCCUUCAUCGCCAGCAGUGCCUCCCAUUUCCCUGCCUCCCGAACCUCCAUCACCCUCACCUCAGCCCGCCGCCGUGAUUGCGUCACCAGUGUCAAUGCAGGCGGAGCUCGAUGUCUCGAGCGAUGGCGACGAUAUGUCUGAUCAGCCUGUCAGCGACUUGAGCCGACCUUCAGUCAGUAGGACGACAAGCGCGUCCUACUCCAUUCUUCCCGAGGACCUCUGUGCCCCCAUGUUGGGGACAGGCAAGAAGAAGAAGCGCAAAUCCAAAGCGCGCUCCAACGGUAUGCUUGCGGAGCUCGCGAGGGGGCCUUCGCAGCCCACUGUGCGCAAGGUUACCGCCUCCUCCGACGAUAUUGCUUCACCGGGCAGCGGUACGUCGUCUAUUGCGCCGCACACGCCGAGACGAAGACGGUUGGCCUCGGGGCUCGGCGGUAUCACCAUGACUCCUGCGCUGGAGUUGCUCCUGACCAACCAUGAGCGAACAAUCGAUUCGCUUCGUGCUGAGAUUGGGCAGUGUAAGGCUGAGGAAAGCAAGGCUCGUGACGACGAGGUUCGCACGCGCGAGGAGCUUCGCCGCUCGAGGGCAACAGAAGAUCGCAUCCGCGCAGACUACGAGCGUACUCGAAAGGCCCGCGACCGCGCAGAGGCAGAUUCAAGGCGCCUUGAGGCAGAGCUCAUGCACUUCCGCAAUCGCUUCGAGACACUGUCGCAUAUGUAUCAGGCCGUCUGCCACCGUCUGCGCGAACUCGAGUCGCAUGGCGCGGAUCCUGGACACUCUCCUCAGCCACCGAUGCUGCCUUCAUUACAACCGUCCCCAGCUUUGCCCUCCAUGCCAACUAUGGUCACUCCUCACAUCGGCUUUCCCUCGCCAAUGGCUUCUCCCAUGCCACCGCAUGCCAUGGGUUUUAUGCCGCCUUGCCCACAUCCGCACAUGUACCCGUCACCCAUGCAGGCUCACGGGUUUGUCAACUUUGUCCCCUCACCUUCUCCCCAGCGCCGGGUGGACCACAACGGUAACGGCGACCUUCUCGCAGGCCCUCUUACUCCCGGCCACGGACCAUCCGCCUCAGGCUCUCAAGCCUCGUCGCAAUACCAGUCGGACCUCUCUCUGCACCCCAACGGAACGCCGUCAUCAUCGGCAACUGCGCUGUCUGAGCUCUCUGCAGCUGAGCUUCGCCGGAUCAAUAUCGCUUCGUCAGUGCUCAAGAAGAAGAGCCGCGUCGCGACAGACCCUUCGGAGAGUGGAGAUUCUCAACCGGCAACUACUAGCAAGCCUUCAGAGGUCGACAUCGCGGAAGAGAGUAUCGAAGGUUUGGGCAUUAAGCAGUGCGAGGCAGUGCCGUCGAUUUCUGCGUCUGUUGACAGUCCCGGUUCGCCUGCCUCGCUUCGCAAGCCCACUAAACAACGGUCCACCGACUCGAUCUCAUCUGAUGCCUCGUCAGGGCCUCCUGGUCGCUCCCUCCUGAUAACACCAUCAGACACUGGACCCAAGACGCGCUCACCACACGCUGUCAUGUCUCCUGUCGCCGACGGCGACGAAUCAUUUCUUGCGGAUGACUCGUCCGGUGAUACACCCUGCCCGCCCUCCAAGGAUGACUACUUUGGGGCUGUCAGCGACGAGCAAGACGCAUCUCUUGCAAACGGAGACGUCGAGUUUGCGCCCAUGUUCGCGAGCUUGGCCCACACGCCAGAGCAGUUGCAAGAGAUUGCUCGCAUUCAGUCAGCGGCGCUCAAGCGACGAGCGCGGCCUGUUUCUUGA